AUGCGAACCCUAUCCCAUCUUCAGAGAUGGAGUUCCAUAAGGGGAAAUGCAUUUGAACCGUGGUUUUCUAAAAUGGGAGAACACCAUAAUACUUUCAGAGGCUACAUUAUUAUGUUCGUUGUCCUGAAACCUUAUCGUCACAGAGGAAUUGGAAUAGCAGAAAAGGGGAUAAAAGUUUGUUAUUCUCACGCCAAUCAUUCUGACAGAAUUUGAUAUCAUGGAAGUUAUUCUAAAAGAAUUUAUGAUCGCGGGCUUGAGGGUAAUAAAGAAAAAUGGUGCAUGAAGGGGAAUAUGAUGAUCAAUGGCCUAAAGGUUGGAUGAUGAAUAUCAGAAAAGGGGAUAAAAAUUUGUUAUUCUCAUGCCAGUCAUUCUGACAGAAUUCGAUAUCAUGGGAGUUUAUUCGAAAAGAAUUUUUGAUCGCAGGCAUGAAGCUAAUAAAGAAAAAUGGUGCAUGAAGGGGAAUAUGAUGAUCAAUGGCCUAAAGGUUUGAUAAUGGUGCGUGGGAUGAAGAUAAAGAAUGGUCAUUGAUCUUUCUAAAAGAAAACAAUGUUCAUUGUCAUAUUGUUAUCAAAAUGUAUCAUCAACAUAUAUUCUUUUAAACUGGAC